AUGUCGGAAUCCGAUCCAAAAACUUUCGAUCGUGAAACAAUUCACAAAGCAUUCACUAACACAGACACAAUUGCAUAUUUUAUGGACAAUUUUGGUGAAAAUGACGAAUUUGUUGAAACUUUUGGCCAAGUUGAAAAUGGUAUGAAAACAUUCAACGAAGUGAUGGACCAACCAUUAAACAUGUUGAUGGAACAAUUUUUACUGCCAAAAUUUGAAAAACGUUUAACGGAUCUUGAAAAUGUUUUGAAAUUACACGAAGAUGAAGCUCAACUCAUGAGAGUAUUUCAUAUCGAACAUGUAGAACUCUCAUUGACUCAUCAACAUUUAGUUUCGAUGAAAGAACUUCAAGCAAAGCUUGAGAAACAAAGCGAUAUUAUUUCGAACAUUAACUUGGCAGUAUCGAAUAGAUAUCAAGAAAAAUUGUCAACAUUGAAUGCACAAAUCGAGAAAGCAAUCCGCAGGUAUAAAUGUCCACAGGAUUUAUUUGAUUAUGCGUCGCAUCGUGAUGAUUAUGAGCACACAAUACAUUCUAUCAAGAUGAUGAAAAUGAAUUUAUUGGAUGUGUUCGAAGAAAUAGAUUCGAAAACGGCUAGAAAAUUGUUUGAUCGAACUAGUGAUAUGCGGUGAGAGUUUUCUGGGUUCAAUUUUUUGAAAAAUAUAACAAGUAAAAGUCACUGCUCUAAUAACACAAUUUCGUGUUUUUGGCAUUGAUUACAAUACAUUUUUGUAUUGGAAAAAAUAUAUGAAAUUAUGUAACCAACUCUCUUUAUGCAAUUAGAUUUUCAUAAACACGAUUUUUGAAACUAGCUAAGCGAGUUCAAAUAACAUGUUUUUUUAUUUCAACCAAGUUCUAGAAUUUACUGUUUCUGAAAAUCUUUUAGAACAAAAAUGAAAAAUUGAAACCAUACAGAGACUCACAUUUUUCAUUGGAAAUGAAACAUUUUGAAACAUUUCAUUAUCCUAUAUUUUGUUCAGCGUUGAUGUUAUUAGACGCACAGCAGAAAAUGCUUAUUGGUUCCAUUCAACCAGAUUGAAGAAUAAUCCAGAGUUUGCUGAAUUCGAACUUGACCAAUGGAGCGAAACGGUAAGGCAUUUGAAUUAUAUUGAUAUAACAUACGUUUUACUUUAUCAGAUUUCGAAAAAAUUGGAGGAACUGGAAAUAAUGAGAGAAAUGUGCUGCAAUUUUCUACAAUAUGUUUGUGAUUAUUUCGAAUCUACAGAUGAACAAGUGCUUUGUGAAAUACCGAAACAAUGUACUGAUUUGAGAAACAAGUGUCAAAAUAUGAUAAACGGAUUGACGGAUGGAUCAUUGAAGCGGUUUUUGACAUCAAUGUCACACAAUUGUAACAAAUUCAAUGAAGAAAUGGUUAGUUUAACCAUUCCAAGUUCUGCUGUUAUAGAUUUAUCAAAAUUACGGUUAUGAAAUGAAUAAAAUCUAUUUUUAGUUGUUCAAUCCUGAUGAACCUUCAACUUCGGAUCAUUGA